AUGGGGUCCGCCUACACACCGGCGCAAAUAACCAAAUAUCUGCAAUAUAUCGCUCUACCAAAUACAUAUGAAGCACACCUCAACGACCCGGAAUCAUUCCCCAAAACGGAAGAAGCAUUGAAAGACCUCUUCCGCUGCCAAAUCACCCGGUUCCCAUACGACAAUCUAACAUGCCACUACUCGACUAGCCAGCUGGCAGAAAUCCACCCAGAAAGAAUCUACACCAAAGUCAUCGGGUGCAAUGACACAGCCCCAACAUGCAGAGGCGGUUAUUGUUUAGAAGUGAGCAUAUUCUUCCACCACAUGCUCCGCGGCCUAGGCUUCUCAGUAUACAUGACGGGGGUCCGGAACCGGCAACGGAUAGACGGUAUUCCACAAGGGGAAUUCAAAGGAUGGUGGGUAUCAUCUGCGUAUCAGGUUACAAAAGGCACAAGCGCUAAAGAGACCAGGACGCACAUCGUCAACAUUGUUCGACUCCCAAGCGGAAAGGAAUACCAUCUGGAUGCUGCAUUCGGUGGUGACGGUCCCCUGAGUCCACUCCCACUGGUGUCGGGGCAGGUAACGCAGAACUUGGGACUGCAGGAAGUACGACUGAUCUACGAUAACAUGCCGAAGCAAAUGCGGAGGGAGCAGAAAAUGUGGAUCUAUCAGUAUCGUAAUGGGGCGGACAGGCCGUGGAAUUCGUUCUAUGCGUUUGCGGAGCUGGAGUGGUUUCAGGAUGACUUUGAGGUUGUGAAUCGGUUUACAAGUUGGGAUGCUGUGCAGAAGGGGAGUUAUGUUGUUGUUAAGUUUGUGAGGAGCGGGGAGACUGAGGGGUUGCCUUUGAUAGAAGGAGAGGGGGGAGGGAGCAAACGAAGAGGUUUGUGUUGUUGGGAAGAUCAUGAUGGUGAACAAUUUGAUUAA